AUGCUCAUCACCACCAAAGGAAUGUUGGGAGAAAAACCGGCAUCUGUCAGACCUCGGAGGGUCAUUGUCCACAGCUACAUGAGGAGCGGCUCCACUUUAUGUGGGGACAUUUUGCAAGCCAGUCCAGACGUGUUCUAUAUUUAUGAGCCCCUUCUCUACUUGUUUGACCACAACGUUCCUGGAAAACCCGUUUUCACUAAACAUAACUUGAGAUGCAAGGAGUCCGGUACAAUCGUCCAGAAGGUGCUACGGCUGACGAUGAAAGAGACUGUAGAGUACUUAGAGAGAGACCCGGAUGUUCUUGUCAUCCAUCUCGUCCGAGACCCCCGUGGGGUGUAUCUGUCUCGUAAACAAUACCAGCCUCCUAACGUGCCAGAGAUGCAUGUUAACUACAGCAACUUGUGCCAGCGUGUGUGGAAUGAUCUACAUGCCUCCAUGUCCAUGCCAGCGAAAUACAAGGGUCGUGUUCUCACUAUGCGAUAUGAAGACCUUGCUGAAAAUCUCCAAGCCAUGACAACGACAAUGUACAGAUUCCUCGGACUCGAGCUCAGUCAAUCAGUGCUCAAGUUUCUGUCAUCUACGAGUCAAAGGGAAAUCAUAGCAGCGAAUGGUAGACCAGAAGUAUCGUCGACAAAACGGAAAGACCCUUUCAAAACUGCCUACAAAUGGAGAAAGGAGCUUCCUUUCGACGUAGUGAAAGACAUUGACCAUCACUGCAGGGAUAUUUAUCGAGCUUUGGGAUACAAGACUUUCAAGUCCGAAACUGACUUGAGAAAUUUGCAAAUACCACCGAAAACGAAGAACUUUGGUCAGGGGCUGCUCAUUGCUAAAGCAUGA